AUGGAGCUACCAAGCGAAUCUGAAAAGCAUACUGCCACACUAACUACUACCAAUAGUGCAAAUAACCUUACCAAUACAAAAUUCAAAUCUACACAUCGCUCACCGUUAAAACAAUACAAACGUUGGAUUUUAAUUUUAGCCACUGUUAUUUUUUUCAUUUUAUGGAUUUCACCAACCAACUUCUUAAAAUGGUUACAUUUGUAUAACAGAGAUCCAAAAAUAGUCAUUAUACUAGCCGCAAAUGUUGGUGGCGGUGUGUUACGAUGGAAAAGUGAACAAGAAUGGGCUAUUGAAAGACUGUCCAUUCAAAAUAAAAGAGAAUACGCUGUUAGACAUGGUUAUGGUUUAACUAUAAAAGAAAUGCCUAUUGAUAAAAGAUAUUCCCAUGAGUACAGAGAAAGUUGGCAAAAAGUUGAUAUUUUGAAACAAACAAUGAGAGAAUUUCCUAACACUGAAUGGUUUUGGUGGUUGGAUGAGGAGACCUUGAUUAUGGAACCCACCUACAGUUUGGAAGACCACAUUUUCAAAAGAAUAGAUACCAUUGUUAAUAGAACUUUAGAUGGAUUCAACCCAUUAGAGAUGAAUGUUGAUUCCGCCUAUGUUGAUUAUACCACACCUCUAGAUAUGUUAAUAACACAAGAUUGUGGUGGUUUCAAUCUAGGAUCCAUGUUGGUUAGGAAUAGUGAGUGGACUAAAUUACUAUUGGAUAUCUGGUGGGAUCCAGUUGCUUAUGAACAGAAACAUAUGCUAUGGGAACAUAGAGAACAAGAUGCUUUGGAGUCUCUAUAUGCUAACGAACCUUGGAUUAGAGAAAAAAUUGGGUUUUUACCACUAAGAAGUAUCAAUUCUUUCCCACCAGGUGCUUGUAAUGAAUUUAGUGAUGAUCCACGAUAUUUUUAUAAAGAUCAUGAUUUCGUGGUCAACAUGGCUGGUUGCAAUUUUGGCAGAGAUUGUUGGGGUGAAAUUCAGCUUUAUCAAAGCAUUUACGAAGAAAAGAAUCGUAGGUGGUAUUCUAAACUAUUUGGUAUGUGA